ACUUCCGGUCCUUCCGCGCGGCUCGGUCCGGCUCCCGCUCCGCCACACUCUGGUUCCGCCCUCCUGCCGGACUGUCGGCGGGCUUCCGGCGCCCGGGAACCCGACAGGGCUCUGCUGGCUUCCAACCUGGCUCCUUUUUAAACAUUUUUAAAGGGCCAUGUUAAUCGAAAAAUGAGUUUGGUGCUUAGAAAUCUGCAACGAGCUGUCCCCAUUAGGAGAGCACCUCUUCGCAAGAAGAUGGAGAUUGUGAGGAGUAUUUUAGGGGUGCAGAAAUUCGACUUGGCGAUCGUCUGUGUUGACAACAAGGGUAUUCAGCAUAUUAAUAGAAUCUACAGAGAGAAAAAUCUGCCAACAGAUGUGCUUUCCUUUCCAUUUCAUGAGAAUGUAAAAGCAGGUGAACUUCCUCAGCCUGAUUUUCCGGAUGACUACAACUUGGGUGACAUUUUCCUAGGAGUGGAGUAUAUCUUCCAGCAGUGCAAAGGAAAUGAGGAUUACUAUGACAUCCUGACCGUGACUGCCACCCAUGGGCUAUGCCACCUGCUGGGCUUCACACACAGCACACAGGCUGAGUGGCAGAAGAUGUACCAGAAGGAGAAGCAGGUUCUCGAGGAGCUGAGCCGGCGCACCGGGACGAGGCUCCAGCCCCUAAGCAGGGGCCUCUUCUAACGCUUGCUGGGGCUCAAGACGCGAGCGGCCCCUGAGGGACUCUCCAGUGCACAGGGGCACCGUGUGGAGGGCAGACGGACCCUCACUUUCGGGCCCUGAGGAUCAGGGACACCCCCAAACUGAGGGCCCUGCUGGUAGCUGCUGCCCUGUGGGGUGCAGAAGUGACAAAGUAUGAAAAGAAAUGUCCGUUCAUGUCUUCAUUUGGAACCCA